AUGCCCAGCAAGGCAGACGUGAACCACACAACGAACUGUCGGGCGCAAGGGUUUGACCCGGAAAAGCUGGGCUGCCAGACAUGCCGCGUUUUGGAGCAGAGGAUCAAAGAAAGCGGCGCUGAUUCCAAGACCCUUGCUGCACAGUGCCUCGCGUGCUGCGAGGAGGAACCCGUGCUAGAGCUAUUCCCAAAGGCCAGGCUCAUUGCUGAUGCGUCGCAACAGGAACGAGAUCAGGACCUUCACGACUUCAUCAAGCGGAAAGCGCCGCGCAUCCGAAACCUGGAGGUAGACUAUCAAGCUGGUUCCUGGCCCGCAAUCGAGCUGGAGACCACCGAUGGAUCGGACAGAGUUCUGCGUGCAGACGUGAAAGGCUGGUGA